AUGGUGCUUCUCUUCACCCAGAGCAGAUUCAUCCCUAACUACAAGUGUGGGGUCCCAAAACAUCUGGCUGCAGUCAUUGGGGGACCUGACAUCUGCCUCCAUAUGGCAACUGUCCUGGGCAUCUACAAAGUUCCUCAGGCAACACCUUUUUCUUUGUGUAAUGAUCCUUGUGAGGCAGGAUACAGCAAGGCCAAGAAAGAAGGGGAGCCAUUUUGCUGCUAUGAUUGUCUUCUGUGUCCAGAGGGAAAAAUAUCAAAGAAGAAAGACAUGGAUGACUGCUCUCUGUGUGCAGAAGAUCAUUAUCCAAACCCUGACAGAAAUAUGUGCAUUCCAAAGAGCAUUACUUUUUUGUCCUAUGAAGAACCCAUGGGGAUCAGUCUGGCUGUUCUUUCACAGUGCUUUUCUUUAAUGACAACAUUGGUGCUCACAAUCUUCAUUAAACACAAAGACACUCCCAUUGUCAAAGCCAACAACCGGAAUCUCACCUACACUCUCCUGGUUUCCCUCCUCCUCUCUUUCCUUUGUGUGUUUCUAUUUAUUGGGAGACCUGAUAAGAUUGUGUGUCUCCUUCGGCAACCAGCUUUUGGCAUCAUCUUCUCUGUGGCAGUUUCCUGUGUAUUGGCUAAAACCUUUGUUGUGGUUCUAGCAUUCAUGGCCACCAGACCUGGUUCCAGAUUGAGGAAAUGGGUGGGAGGAAGAAUGGUCAGUUUCAUUCUUCUUUCCUGUUCCUUUGUUCAAGCCAGCUUUUGUGCUGCAUGGCUGACAACCUCUCCACCAUACCCGGAUUUUGACAUGCACUCCAUGUCUGAAGAAGUCAUCGUGGAGUGCAGUGAGGGAUCAGUCACCAUGUUCUACUGUGUCUUGGGCUUUAUGGGUUUCCUGGCUGUGAUCAGCUUCUCUGCUGCUUUUCUAGCUAGGAAGUUACCUGACAGUUUCAAUGAAUCCAAAUUUAUCACCUUCAGCAUGAUGGUCUUCUGCAGUGUUUGGCUUUGCUUUGUUCCAACCUAUCUAAGCACAAGGGGAAAAUAUAUGCUGGCUGUGGAGAUCUUCUCCAUGAUCUCCUCCAGUGCUGGCUUAUUGGUGUGUAUCUUCUUUCCCAAGUGUUUUAUCAUUGUGAUGAGACCUGAACUGAACAAUAAAUAUCAGCUAAUGAAAAGAAAGUUUUAA